CCGGCCUCCUUGGCCGCGGGGUGAGGCCGCGGCGGACUGCCCUUUUUCAAGAUGGCGUCGAAGAUAGGUUCGCGACGGUGGAUGCUGCAGCUGAUCAUGCAGUUGGGUUCGGUGUUGCUCACACGCUGCCCCUUCUGGGGCUGCUUCAGCCAGCUCAUGCUGUACGCUGAGAGGGCCGAGGCGCGCCGGAAGCCCGACAUCCCAGUGCCCUACCUGUACUUCGACAUGGGGGCGGCCGUGCUGUGCGCUAGCUUCAUGUCCUUUGGAGUGAAGCGGCGCUGGUUCGCUCUGGGGGCCGCACUCCAGCUGGCCAUUAGUACCUACGCCGCCUACCUCGGGGGCUACGUCCACUACGGGGACUGGCUGAAGUUUCUACUUCUGGUAGAAAGAAUUACCUAUCUCUGCUCUACCUGCCCACCACACUUGGAAAUGGUCCGUAUGUACUCUCGCACAGUUGCCAUCAUCGGUGGCUUUCUUGUGCUGGCCAGCGGUGCUGGGGAGCUGUACCGUCGGAAACCCCGCAGCCGUUCCCUCCAGUCCACCGGCCAGGUCUUCCUGGGCAUCUACCUCAUCUGCGUGGCCUACUCGCUGCAGCACAGCAAGGAGGACCGGCUGGCGUAUCUGAACCAUCUCCCAGGAGGGGAGCUGAUGAUCCAGCUCUUCUUCGUGCUGUAUGGCGUCCUGGCCCUGGCUUUCCUGUCAGGCUACUACGUGACCCUGGCUGCCCAGAUCUUGGCUGUUCUGCUGCCCCCGGUUAUGCUGGUCAUUGAUGGCAAUGUUGCCUACUGGCAUAACGCGCGGCGUGUUGAGUUCUGGAACCAGAUGAAGCUCCUUGGAGAGAGCGUGGGCAUCUUUGGGGCCGCUGUCAUCCUGGCCACUGACGGCUGAGCUGCACAGCGGGAGUCUGAGAUGGGUGCGGGGAGCCACUGAGGGCUACCCUACCUACAUCCUUGCUGGCCCAGUUAUGUUUAUUUAUGCUUUUUGGUCUAUUUGAUCACUUGCGUUGUGUGCAUGUGUGUGCGUACGCAUGUAUGUGCGUGUGUUGGUAAGAGGCAGGUCUCUUCCCCAGUUCCUGGGCUUGGGCAUUGGUGGGGUGGGAGCCCUGAUGACUCUGCCUUACAGGUUUCUUUUUCCUGUUUGUUAUGAGGAGAGCUGAGGCCAGCUGCUCCCUUGGGUCUCCUGUCCCAGGGAAGGGAGUAAGGCAGGGCUAGGGUGGGGUACUAAGAGUGGGAGAGAGGAGAACCAGAAGUGAGCCAAUGUGAAAAAUCCCUUUUUGAACCUGGCAGAUGCAGCUAGGCUCUGCAGUGCUUUUGUGAGACUGAGAGUGAGUGUGUGUGCAUGUUGACACGUGGAUCAGGCCCAGGAGGAGCAGAGGGGCCGGGCACCACGGAAGUCAUGUGGGCUCUCAGGGUGUGCCAGGGGCAGAAACAGCACUAGCUGUCACCCACCUUGAGGGUACAGCAGGCCCCAGUUUACUCUGGGGUUUGCAGGGGUGCGACAGGCAGCAGCAACUUCCUGCCUCUGGCCUUCUGUUUCCAGCUCCGUGGUUGGCCUGGUGGGGGUGAGUGCCCUCCCAAACACCAGACCACACAGUCCUCCAAAAAUAAACAUUUUAUAUAGACA